GCCGCGAUGACGCACCGCAGCGCCGGAAGCUCAUUAGAAGGCGAAGAAGAACAGUAGGUGGGAAAACCCGUGUCAAAGAAGAACGUAACACACUAAAUAGAAAAGAUACAUCUUCAGAAUGCUUCCCCUGUCUCUGCUGAAGACUGCCCAGAACCAUCCUAUGCUGGUGGAGCUGAAGAAUGGAGAGACGUACAACGGCCACCUGGUCAGCUGUGAUAACUGGAUGAACAUCAACCUUAGAGAAGUCAUCUGCACCUCCAGGGAUGGAGAUAAGUUCUGGAGGAUGCCUGAGUGCUACAUCCGAGGAAGCACCAUCAAAUAUCUGCGAAUCCCCGAUGAGAUCAUCGACAUGGUGAAGGAGGAGGUGGUGUCGAAGGGCCGCGGACGUGGAGGCGCCCAGCAGAACAAACAGCAGGGCAAAGGCAGAGGAGGAGCCGGCCGAGGUCUGUUUGGAGGCCGUGGUCGAGGGAUGACCGGUCCUGGUCGGGGCCAGCAGCAACAGCAGCAGCAGCAGCAGCCGGAUAAGAAACCAGGCAAACCACCAGGAAUGAAGAACCAGCACUGACAGACGACGAUGCACAUUUUACUACACAUCCUGUUAAUCAGACCGAUUCCUCCUUCAGUACAUGAAGAUAAAAGUGAACUCUGGUGUUUCUUUCUGCUGUGAUGUUUGUUGGGACUGAUCGUUGCAGGAGCCACACUGGGAAGCAUAGAGAGAAGAUGUGCUUUUGCACUGAAUUUUGUUUUUUAGAAUCUGGAAGUUGAUAUUAACCUUUUUUUUUAUGACCAUAUGCCAGUUUAUCAGUCAGAGAUGGCAGGUUUCUCCUUUAGUAUAAAUGUAUGCAUCAUAACAGCAAAACCAUUUUGGAUCAUAAACCAUAUUUUCUUUUCCCAAAUCAGGUUUCCAUCUGUUGCUACACUGGAACUAGUGUUUUAGGUUAUUUCUCAUGGUUGUUUAAUUUGUAGUUUUCAGCGUAGAAAGCACCCAGCCCCAGCUUCUGCUGCAUGAUUAUUGUUUUUUUAGUUUGCUCUUCAUUCUUGUGUUGUUUGUGACGUUCUGUGGUUUGCUGUGCUGUACAAUCUGAGCACAGCAGGAGAACAGUAGACGGACAACAAGGAGACAAAGUUUUGGUUCUUGAAAAUGAACACUUUUGUUAAGGCAUUUGUAAGACAACACAUGAUGAUAAUUAGGAUUUCUAGAAAAAAAGAUUCUCAUAUUCUUAAGUCUGAAAAGGAUAAGUCCAGCAUACGUCGUGUUGGUUGGGUUUCAUUUUAUUUUUGUAACAAAAGACGAUAUUGUAAUUUAUUUACAUGAGAACAUGAGAAUAAAACACCUUUUGUUAAA